AUGGAGGCUAUCAAAGCGACAAAUGCUUCACUUCAAGCGCAAGUGGAUGCCUUGAAGAAACAAGUUGCUCCAAGAAAUGCUCCGAUGGCCUAUGUCCAAGUAGGAUGCGAGUUUUGUGGGGAUUUCAACCACUCGGGGGGCGAAUGCCUAGUUACGGGGCAAAGUAUGAGUGAGCAAGUGAACUAUAUCGGGGGUCAAAGGCAAGCCAAUGAUCCUUAUUCCAACACUUAUAACCCCGGAUGGAGGAAUCAUCCAAAUUUCGGGUGGAGAAAUGAAGAGGGGCAAGGCAAUGCUCAAGGGUCUAAUCAAGUGGGCUCAAGCUUCCAAAGCAACAAUAGGCCCCCACAACAACAAGGUCACUAUCAAGGAAACCCACACCAUGGGAACAAUUACGGUGGUAGACCACAACAUUCUCCCGGUUUCCAACAACCACGGAACACGGAUGAGGGAAUGUGCUUGCCAAGACCUCAAGGGGGAUUGCCAUCCACUACGGAGAAUAACCCUAGAGAACAUGUUAAGGCGGAUGAGCCUCAAAUUGUGAUUGAUAUAGAAAGCUCAAUCCAAGAGCUACCAAGGGAGCGUGAGGAAGUGGCUAUCGAGGUUGAAGAGCUUUAUGUGAGGCCGCCACCGCCCUUGGCGGAUGCACUACGUGAGAUGCCACAAUAUGCCAAGUUCUUGAAGGAUAUCAUCACCAACAAAAGAAGUUGGGAUAGUGACGCAACGGUUCCCAUUCCGGAAGUGUGUAGCUCCAUUAUUUUGAAUGAUUUACCGGCUAAGUUGAAGGACCCAGGGAGUUUUUCUAUACCUUGCACUAUAGGAAAUAUGAGUUCUAUAAAUUGCCUAUGUGAUCUUGGUGCUAGCAUUAAUCUUAUGCCUUUAACUCUUUUCAGGACACUUUGUGGAGACCAAACCGUGAAAAGCACCUCGAUGGUACUCCAACUAGCGGAUCAUUUGUUGAAAAGGCCGUUUGGGAUUGUUGAGGAUGUGCUUGUCAAGGUAGAUGAAUUCAUCUUUCCGGUUGAUUUUGUUAUCUUGAACUAUGCGGUUGAUAAGGAGUGCCCAAUGAUCUUAGGGCGACCCUUCUUGAACACCGGAAGGGCUUUCAUUGAUGUGCAUGGUGGGAAAUUGACCUUGCGGAUUGAUGAAGAAACGGUUGUGUUUGAUAUGAAGAAGGGUAUGAGGGGUACCAUCGAGGAGGAGGAUUGCAUGGGGAUUGAUGUGAUUGAUGAGAUUGUGGAAGAGCAACUCCAGGAAAAUGUGCAAUUGUUGAACGAAGUAAAGAGGGUAGAAAUUUGUCCUCAACAAAUCUCUCAAGUUUCGUUUCAUUUCGGGAUUGCGGAUGAUGAAUACACCGAAGAGGAUGAACCUAAGCCGGAAAAUUUGAACAAGAGCAAUGGUGUGACUCCACCAUCUUCCGAGUUACCGGCAAUUGUUGAGAUGAAGCCACUUCCGUCUCAUCUCUGA